GAUGUUUCUGCUAUUAAAAGACAAAGUUUGCAAACUAUAGCGAGAUGAAUUAUCGUUCUAUAAAGAUUUGCGCGACUCUUUUACUUUUCACCGUCAUGGCUCGGCGCUGCGUCUGCCUUUCCCCCGAUCACAGGAAGAAAACACUCGAGCAGAGGAAACAGCUCGCCAUGCCGCGAGUCACCUGCUCUGUCCGAGGCAUCAGAGCUGUGUUUGGUCCUCUAGUGAAAAACAAUGUGUACGCCAGAGACAUGACAGGGGCCACAGUCCCAGUGCCUCAGUAUGAGAAGACCUGUGGAGUGCAAGUGGCUAAAGUGAAGAACCAGAGCCUCUCGUUUUUCAGCAGAUAUGACAGCUGCUUUGUCCAUGUUGAGGGCAGCAAAGCCGUCAUCCCGCUGCAGGUCCAGCUGGCAGGAGAGGAUCGAUGGAUCAGGGUCAAUAUCAGCUGUCCCCUGAUAAAGACAAGAAGUGAGAGGACCCAGCCUCGCCCAACACCAUUCCCUGGAAACUGUGACAUUGAAAGAGCUCUUCGAGUGGACUGUGGCCACCAAAGGGUUUCCAGUGAUGUCUGCUACAAACUGGGCUGCUGCUAUGAUGCUCGUGAUUCAGCCUGCUACUACACACUCAAUGCCUGCUCUCUGGACGGACACUUUGUGUUCUCAGUAAACGCUGCAGAUGCACACACGCCCAUUGAGCCCAGCAGCCUCAUUGUAAAGGAUCAGCCGCACUGUCACCCUGUUGUCACAACCCCAGAUACUGCUGUCUUCAAGAUAGGAGUCUCAGACUGCGGUGCAAAGAGGAAGGCAAAUGGAGAUGUGGUGAUCUAUGAGGUGGAAGUGGUGGAGCUACAUACAGGAAAUGAUGGGAAAAAUUUUCAAUUUAGUCUUCAGGUCCAGUGUGAAUACGACUCCUCUGAUCUGAAGCGUGCAGCAGAACUGCGGUCUUUGUAUGCGGUGACUAAUCCACCACCUGUCAUUGCACUGGGGUCCAUCGGAGUGCAAAUGAGAAUAGCCACAGAUGCAUCCUUUACAUCCUUUAUUCCCGAGGAACAGCUUCCACUGACUUUGCCCCUUCGUGAAGCUGUGAAUGUGGAGAUUUCCAUCGUGCAGCCAUCUCCAGAUCCCACACUUUCCCUGCGAGUGCGAGACUGCUUUGCUUAUCCUGGGUCAAGACACUCUGUGUGGACACUUCUCUAUGAUGGAUGUCCAAAUCCUCAGGAUAAUAUGAGAAGCUCUGUCCCCGUGGACAAACAGGGGAAGACCACAUCUCACUCACAAGUCAGGAGGUUUGAUGUCAAGACCUUUGCCUUCUUGGACCCCAGCACAGGCCAUCCAAGUCCAGAGGAAAUGUACUUCUAUUGUUGGGUGGAAAUCUGCACGAAUGACGUUGACUGUGCGCAGCGUUGUACCUUCAUUUCAUCUGAGGGGGAGAGACCGAGAAGAGAGGCCGCAUCUCAACCCCACCAGCUUCAACUGGUCUCUUUAGGGCCACUGCAGCUGGUCCAGAAUAACACUGAAGCCGAGAAAGACCCCUGCAUGAAACGGGGAAAAAUGUUUCAGGUGAUCGUAUAUAUCCUGUCUGGUGUUGGUACUGGCCUUCUUGUGGUCCUGCUGUUCAUUGUGUGUUCAAGCAUCAGGAGGUGUCAGAACAGAGGAAUGCAACGAGCACGCGACGAACAAGAUGGCAGUGAAGCAUCUCAAUAAAUGUCAAU